AGCGGCUUCAGUCCCACAUCUGUCACAGCCUCAGAAUGGGCUAUUUUCCACAAGUACACCUCAAGAGUUCGAAAGCUAGAGCUGGACGAGACUCAUAGAAUUGAGCUUUCCGUUUUACGUUCACUCUUUCCUCACCCAUCGGAUGUUGAGCGGGUGCUUCCGCGAUUAGCACAUCUCGCCCUUCCUCGAAAUCUUGGCUUUUAUGAUACCCAAGGCGUUCCGUGGGAUGUUCUUCAGAGAUGCAGCGGUAUUCAUUGCGAUGAUCCCGACAGGUAGCCCAAUGCUUGAGACCUUGACCAUUCCCUAUGGUGACAGUGGCUUCUGGGUUGACGAAGUCUCCUCCGCAUUUGAAGACGCAGUAUCCCAGCUUCCUUGUCUCCAAGUCUAUGAGGGACCUUUGCUAUGCAAACUUCCUCCACGCGGACUAUCACCCUGUUCCUCUCUCAAGCGUGUCUCACUUGACAUGCGCUACGCUCCCAUUGAGGGGCUCCAGCUUUUGC